CCACUAUCGAACCACUUGCAAGUUCCUCUUAAUUCUCCUCUUAUAAAAACCACUACAAACUUCCAAUCCAAUAAGAAACUGCACCUUAAAUAAAAUUAUGAACCUACCCAAUUCAAUCAGAAUUAACUGAUACUCCUCCUCCGAUCUUCCUCUUAUUCAUGCAUAUAUGCCCUUCAACUAACGAUCAAUCUAGCCAGCCUCACAUGCUGCAUUGUUCUCCAGGCCGAAUAAAUUGAAAUAUAGGAUUAUUAUUAAUAUAGUAACACUAAUAACAGUAGUAAUAAUUUUUUUUAUUAAAAGAGAAGCAAGAAAUGGAAUUAUUCACUAAGUGGGUUCUUGUUUUGGCUAUCUUGAUUUCCGUGGAAGCUUCAUUUGUGAUGUCGCGAGUUAGCCGAGAUUAUCUGCAGGCCCCUUUCCCUGCACCCGAGGCUGCACCUGCACCCCAUGAUGGAGAGGGCUAUUCCUCCUCCUCCUCCUCCUCCUCCUCCUCCUCAUCAUCAUCAUCAUCAUUAUCCUUCAAUGUCCUAGCUUAUGGAGCCGUAGGGGAUGGCAUUGCGGAUGACACAUCGGCAUUCAAGAUGGCUUGGGACGAUGCGUGCCGAAGCAACUUAUCAUCACCCGUCGUGCUAGCUCCGGUUGACCUCCUUUUCUUGAUCCAACCAACCAUCUUCAGCGGCCCUUGUAAAAACCCUCUCACCCUUCAGAUUGAGGGCACCAUAAUGGCACCAGAUGGACCGGAUUCAUGGCCCAAGAAUGUGACAAAGAAACAGUGGCUAGUUUUCUACAGAGUGAAUGGAAUGUCUAUGCGAGGUGGUGGAGUGGUUGACGGCCGAGGUGAGAAAUGGUGGAACCUUCCCUGCAAACCCCACAAGGGAGUAGAUGGGACAACUCCACCAGGUCCUUGUGACAGCCCAGUGCGAGCAGGCUUUAAGGUUCUUCACAAGCUCAAAAUUGAGGGUGGGGGAGCUUACGAUAAAGAACAGCCCAAUGUUCCAUUUCCGGUUUGACCACUGCAAUGAGGUCCACAUUGAUUCACUCCACAUCAUAGCACCCCCACACAGCCCCAACACUGAUGGAAUCCACAUUGAGAACACUUAUGAUGUCACUAUACAAAACUCCAUAGUCUCCAAUGGUGAUGACUGUAUAUCCAUUGGAGCAGGCUCUUACAAUGUAGAUAUAACCAACAUGACUUGUGGCCCUGGUCAUGGGAUUAGUAUUGGCAGCCUGGGCAUGAAAAACAGUAGGGCAUGUGUAUCAAACAUAAAGGUGAGGGAUUCAAGCAUCCGGGAUUCUGACAACGGAGUCCGGAUCAAGACGUGGCAGGGUGGGUCCGGAUCCGUUUCCAACGUUGCCUUUGACAACAUAAGAAUGGACAACGUCCGGAACCCCAUCAUAAUAGACCAGUAUUACUGCAGCCAUGCCGCUGGCGUCUCCUGCACAAACCAGACCUACGGAGUGUCCAUAUCAGGUGUGACAUACUCAAAGAUCAAGGGAACUUUUGACAUCAGAAGCCCUCCAAUGCACUUGGCCUGCAGCGAAACUGUCCCGUGUACCAACUUAACCUUGUCCGAGGUUGAGCUGUACCCUUCACAAGGGCAGAGAAUUUCAGACCCUUUCUGUUGGAAUGCCUAUGGGGAUCAGGUUACUGCCACUAUUCCUCCUAUCUCCUGCUUGUUGGAUGGUACUCCUCAGUCAUUUCCUAGUAUUACUUAUGAAGAUCAUUGUUCGUGAUCCAUACCUGAGGCUAGGCUGGCUACGAAUUACAUAUAUUGGACCUUAGUUUUGCAUUAAUGGUCAACAGAUGAAGCUAAUUAUGUUGCUAGGAAAAUCCAUCAAGCUUAGCUGGCUAUGGGUAUGAUUUAAUUUAUUAAUUUGAAAUGAGAAUUAGUGUAACAUGCAGAAUAAUGUGCGUUCUUAGCAUGUAGAAAAUUAAUUAUGAUAGAUCAGUUAAUUGUAUACAUUCAUUAUGAUCAAUUCAUACCAUUAUUUAUUCAUAAGGAGGUAGGAACAAAGAGUGCAUGAGUGCAUCCGGUAACCAGUUUUUGCUACUUUGAUUCUAUGAAAAUGUUACGAGGUUUUAAGUCAUUAUUUUUGCAAGUCUAGAGCAGCUUUUUACUGUCAAAGCUAGAUUUUUAAAAAUUGUUUUCCAUAAAGUAUGAUUCAAGAAAUACAUGAUAGAUUAGGAAAAUUAAGUACGAAGUUUAUAUUGAGCACAACAUAUUAAAAAAUGGUGAUUAUAAAGGUCUAUUCUUGAAAAUAACUAUUCAUACUGCUAUCCAACAGAUGUUUUAAAGUAAUAUUCCGUAUUUUUCAUUUUUACUUUGUGUUCAAUAAUACUAGUAUACUACGUAUGAUGCGUUGAUUUAUACUUUGUUCCAAUAUAGAAUUCCACAAUUCAAUUAGAGAAACACUUUAAUUUGUUUAUUUAAAUGGGCAAAAGUAUGACUUACAAUACACAGUUACCAUAUGAGUAAUUUUUGUUGACCACAGCACAAUAUGUGACCCGUUAUAGUAGUCACAUUCUUAUCUACACAUUCUGUUUCAGUAACAUAAAAUAUUUUGUUAUUUUUAUUAGAGUUGAAUAUAAGAGUAAUUUCAUCUCUCAUCCAUCUAAAAAAGUAAAUUAUAAAUCGGUUGGAGAUAGACAGAUAAUGAGCCCGUUUGGUAGCACCAAAAUCGGCUGUUUUGGCUGAUUCUGCUGAAAUUUAUGAUAUUCUGGCUGGAGUGGCUGUUUUGGCUGAUUCUGCUGAUUUAAGAAAAAAAUAUUUUAAAAAUAUAUUUUAUUAAUAAAUUAAAGAAAAAAUUAUAUGUAAAAAUAGCUAAAAUGGUCCUCUACAGUAACUUCAGCCAAUACAGCCAGAAAAGUAACUCCAACCUUACUUUUUCGGCUUAUUACACAAUUCAGCGCGCGAAAGUAAAAGUUACGUGUUUGGUGAAAAAACUGGCUGAUAAGCCUGAUAAGCCGAAAACAGAGUUCUCCAAACAGGCUCUAUAAGGGAAUGUUUGCAAAAGAUACAAAAAAUUAUUUUCAGGGUUUUUGCUAAAAAACUAAAAUCAGUGUUUUCAAGUGACAAUUUUUAUUUAAAUUAAGCUAGAAGUUAAAAGCUAGAAGCAUAUGAACAGUGCUUUAAACUAUUUUUCACAUUUUGUAUUAAAUAAAAAACAUUUCUUAUCAAUAUCAGCUUUUAUUUUCUCAAAAUCGCUUUUAUCUCAAGCGUUACCAACGUUAACCAUUAUUAAGCUUUUUUUUUUCUAAAAUCUAUUUAAGAAUGCAUUUUCAAAGUAUAAGCAACUCCAACAUGAACCACACAAGUCCAGGUGGUUCUUACUAGAUCUGCAUAUACACGGCCGGCACUAUCAUGUAGAAACUAUAGAUGACGCCUUUUUUUUAUGUUCUUUGAGGUUGGCCCUCCCAAAGAUUUUAUUUGAUUAUGGAUUUAUGGGCACAUCUCCACUUGACUAAAUACCAACAUCAUUAACGAUGACGACAGCUAGGGCCUUAACCACCUUUUUGCAUCUUUGAUCUAAGUCAUACAAGUGUAAUUUUCAAUCAAAUGUGUAGUUAUUUGGGACUAAAACAAGAAUUUUACUAAACAAUCACAAUUGGAUAAAAAAAAGUGACAUUUUUUUUUAAUUUUAUAAAAUGAGACUAAAAAUGGGUAUGGAGACCAUUAUACCCUCAUUAGGCCCAGAUGACCCAUACAGUGACCAGUUACGGUUACCCAACCAAUUACAAUUACUCGACCCAUCAGUUACAGUUACCCGACCCGCUAAUUACAGUUAUCUGACCUACCAGUUACAGUUACCCGACGGGUCAAUUACAAUUACCCGACAUGCCAGUUACGAUUAUCUAAUUUGACCAGUUGUAGUUAUCAAAUCGACCAAUGACAGUUACCGAGUUCGACCAUUUACAGUUACACGGGUCUGAUAAUGAUUAUCGUCAACCACCACCAUCGGCCACCA